AUGGCCGGGGCGGAGGGCGGCGGGGAACGGCGGGCGGUGCUGGCGCUGACCGCGGUGCGCACCGAGGGCACCGGGCAGCCCGGAGGGAGCCCCCCGCCCCGCCGCCGGGAGCUGCUGCCGGGGCCGCGCCCCGGGGCCGCCCCCCGCCCCGCCGGGUCCCCGCGGUGCUGCCGCCGCCGCCUCCAGAACUGCCUGUACAACGUGCUGGAGCGGCCCCGCGGGUGGGCCUUCGUCUACCACGUCUUCAUAUUCCUCCUCGUCUUCAGCUGCCUGGUGCUGUCGGUCUUCUCCACCAUCCAGGAGCACCAGAAACUGGCCAACGAGUGCCUCUUCAUCCUGGAGUUUGUCAUGAUCGUGGUGUUCGGCAUGGAGUACAUCAUCCGCGUGUGGGCCGCCGGCUGCUGCUGCCGCUACCGCGGCUGGCGGGGACGGUUCCGCUUUGCCAGGAAGCCCUUCUGCGUGAUAGACUUCAUCGUCUGCGUGGCCUCGGUGGCCGUCAUCGCUGCGGGCACGCAGGGCAACAUCUUCGCCACGUCGGCGCUGCGCAGCAUGCGCUUCCUGCAGAUCCUGCGCAUGGUGCGCAUGGACCGGCGCGGCGGCACCUGGAAGCUGCUGGGCUCUGUUGUCUAUGCACACAGCAAGGAGCUCAUCACCGCCUGGUACAUCGGAUUCCUGGUGCUCAUCUUCUCCUCCUUCCUCGUCUACCUGGCCGAGAAGGAUGCCAAUGCCGAGUUUGCCACCUACGCCGACUCACUGUGGUGGGGCACGGCCUCUUCCUGCUCUGCCCCCGGGCAGGUCACCCUCACCACCAUCGGCUACGGGGACAAGACACCGCAGACGUGGCUGGGGCGGAUGCUGGCGGCUGGAUUCGCCCUGCUCGGCAUCUCCUUCUUUGCGCUGCCCGCCGGGAUCCUGGGCUCUGGCUUCGCCCUGAAAGUGCAGGAGCAGCAUCGGCAGAAGCACUUUGAGAAGAGGAGGACUCCAGCUGCAAACCUGAUCCAGGCUGCCUGGCGCCUGUACGCGACGGACGUCAGCCGCACGUACCUGACGGCCACCUGGUGUUACUACGACAGCCUCCUGCCCGCCUUCAGAGAACUGGUCCUUAUCUUUGAGCAUUUGCACCGAGUCCGCAACGGAGGAUUUAGGAAUUCAGAGGUGAAAAAGUUGCCGGACGGAGCCCCACCGCCUUAUCACCCCUUCACCCCUGGCCAGAAAAGCGCCAGCCCCGCUGCUUGUUCAGGGGACAGCAACAGGAUGGGCAUCAAGGAGCGGAUCCGGCUGGGCAGCUCGCAGCGAGGCAGCCGGGGCAGGCAGCACCUCGGGCCCCCCCUGCACCGCUCCCCCAGCACCGAGGACCUCCCCGAGGCUUCCAGCCCCACCAAGGUGCAGAAGAGCUGGAGCUUCAACGACCGGACGCGCUUCCGAGCAUCCCUGAGGCUCAAGCCGCGGACCACAGUCGAGGCUGACUGCCCGCUGGAGGACAGCGGCGAGGAGAAGAGCUCCCACUGCGACCUGACCUGUGAGGACAUCAUGCCAGCCGUGAAGACCCUCAUCCGGGCCGUCAGGAUCCUGAAGUUCCUGGUGGCCAAAAGGAAGUUCAAGGAGACCUUGCGUCCCUACGACGUCAAGGACGUCAUCGAGCAGUACUCGGCCGGUCACCUGGACAUGCUGGGCAGGAUCAAGAGCCUGCAGACACGCGUGGACCAGAUUGUGGGCAGGGGCACCCUCACUGUGGACAAGAAGGUGCGGGAGAAGGUGGAGAAGCCGGCGCUGGAGACGGAGCUGGUGGACGAGCUGAGCAUGAUGGGGCGCGUGGUCAAGGUGGAAAGACAGGUACAGUCCAUCGAGCACAAGCUGGACCUGCUGCUUGGGCUCUACUCCCAGUGCCUCCGCAAGGGCUCCAUCAACUCCUUCAGCCUGGCCGCUGUGCAGGUGCCCCCCUGCGAGCCAGACAUCACCUCCGACUACCACAGCCCCGUGGACCACGAGGACAUCUCGGUCUCUGCGCAGACCCUCACCAUCUCCAGGUCGGCCAGCACCAACAUGGACUGAGCAGGGUGGCAGCGGAUGGAUCCUGCCCCGUGCAGCCGCCGGGAUGGGUGCUGGGAUGGCCCGCACCGCGUUACUUGAACCAAGUCUUCCUCUGUGGGAGCACGGCUGCAGUGGGGCACCCGCACCGGGACAGGCUGGGAGCCAGCGGCACCGCGCCAUGGCCAGGCCACGCUGCUGGGAUGCUCCUGCCCUUCCGCAGGGGGGAGACCCCCAAGCUCCCGGGACCUUGAGUUCUCCCCAGCCAUGGAGGAGAUGCUCCAGGCCGAGCCCCAUCCAGCUCCUCAUCAGGGUCCAGUCUGGUCCCCCAGAGCUGAGCCAGGGUCAGCUCCAGCUAUGCAAGGCUCCAUCUCCCUCCGGCUGCUGGGACGGAGCAGGGAUGUUGGGGCAAGACCCACUGUGGUUUUACCUGUGUCAGGGCUGUGUCAGGCCCCCCUCAGGCUGGGUAACGGGGCUCUGCCCCCUUCACCCUCUUCUGCCUGGGUUGUUUCUCUGCUUGCAGCACUGGCUGCACCUCUAGAAGCACAGCAGAGCCUUCUGGCUGCCCGUGCAUGCUCCCAGGGCAAUAUAUAUAUAGAUGACAUAUAUAUAUAUUUAUGCAAUAAUGUCUUAAUAUGCAACAUCCCCGGGAAGAGCAAUCCAUGGGGCUCAUAGGCAAUAAGCAAAUCCCUCCACCAGCACACAGGGCUGGAUUCUGCUGCCCACGGGGGCUCAGGGCUGAGCAGAGGCUGGGGAGGAGGGAGGGAUGCAGCACAGGCAAUGGGGACAGUGGUCCCAAAGAGCCAUCUCUCCCUCUUGUAUCCCAGACUCUAUUCUUGCUAAGAGGAUUCCUUCCCUGCCUGGUCCUGCAGUGCUCUCCAUGUCCCCAUCCCUUCUGUGGACUGGGAGGCACAGGUCAGGUAAGGGGGUGCUGUCCAUGACUCCUGUCAUGCCCUGACCCCAGAGCUGGGGCCGGUUUCCAGCCCUGCAGGAUCAUGGUAGUGCCAAAGUUUGCCGAGCUGGGGCAGCCGGGGGUCCCGGGGGGCUCGGUGCUGGCCAUCCCCUUGCUGCCAGUGCAGCCCCCCUCUGGGCUUUGCACCAUGGGAUUUGCACCCCCUUCCCUAGCCCCCCUGUGCCUCUGCUCCUGCACUGGGAACCCCGAACCCUGCUCGUUUCUCUGCCUUGUCAGUGCAUGCGGCCAGAGCCACCUGCAGCCUCCCCAGUGCUCCCAUGCCACCCUGGCCUCCUCCUCUCACCCCGGGCGGUGGGGCAGCGGUGCUGUGGGGGGCACAAGGGGCUGGUUGGGUGUCAUGGGUGGGUUGGUGUGUGGGUGCUGU